ACCGGCCAAGUGGAUGUCACUUUCAAGCGAGGUGGGAGUCGCUAUAAAGAGAAGAUAUAUCCCAUGUCGAUGGUCAGUGAGCUCAGUGAGAGUGCCGUGAUCAUUUCGCCGUUGUACCGUGAAAGUCAAGUAUGAAGCUGAGGGAAUUCUUGAUAGUGACGUGGUGCUCGAUAAUCGUGGCUCAUUCAGAAACCACGGUAAACGACCGGGAAGCGUUGCUGAGGAGAGCGGCCGAACAGCUGGAGCGAUUGGCGCCUUAUCGGAGAGGCGCGGACAAUCGAGGAGAAAUCGAUCUCUCAAAUCCGGAAGUUUGGAGAUCAUCGGAGGAUCAGAAUCGUCUGGAUGAGACGAAGAGCGACGCGGAUCAGAGGGGAUCACCGUGGGAGGUGAUCUCCGACGUUCUGUCGACGAAAUCGGACGCGACGAAGGAUAUCGACGACAAGAACCUGGUGACGAUAGACGUUAUCGCCGAUCCGAAAUACGCCGCGAUGAUGCAGGAGAGGAUCAAGAGGGGCUUCGAUGCCGGAUCCGCUGGUCUCUUAACCAGCAUAGCGGGCGGUUUGCUGAGCGGUGUCGCGAGCGCAUCAAGCAGCUCGGCUGGAAAAGCAUUGGCGAGUAGCAGUCAAUCGGGCUAUCACGCUCCGGUGUACGGUGCACAUACAGUGGAACAUACUUAUUCGUAUGCAGAGAAACCCUUCGGCCCUUGGGACUUUAAGAAGGCUAUCUUCAGCACACUAUUCCAAGCUCUCAAGGCGAUCGGCGGCGGCGUGCUAGCUCUGAAGGGACAACUAGUCAAGGGCGGUGGUUACCUAUUGGCGGGCAAAGGGAAAGUUGUCAGUAAAGCCGGAGAUGUCAUCACGUCCUUUGGUAAAAGUCUGGCGGCCAGCGCGUUGCCAGAACCAAAGCCUUAUCUACCAGACACUUAUUACGAUCAUCCGCCGGUUCAAAAUAUAGAACAUGAUCCUAGCUAUUCUGGACCACCACCGAGUUCAGAUGAUUACUCCGAGCCGCCUAAUGAUUACAGUCCAGAGACCUAUAAAGUGCCAGCAGACGACAAUGGCCAGGGCGGCCUGCUGAUCGUGACGACGAAAUCUGACCUGGACGACCAUAACGACCAACAUACGAAUGUGGUGGUGGCGCAGGAAAAGCCGGAUCUGUCCAAGUUAGAGGAGAGUUUCGGUGGACCGGCUAAGGGCUCGACCAUCGCGAAUCUCCUCAAUAGCGUCCCGAAAGGUAGCGUCGGUUCAAAGGAUCAAACCAUCAAUCAAGACAACAGCAACGUAAACUCUUAUCCUCCCGCGAAGCGUCCGACUUCUACCUACGGGAAUACACCGAAUCACCAAUCCGCGAAUCACGAUAAUGCAGCGCAGAAUUAUGGUAAUACGGUACAAAAGUAUCCGUCCCUACAAGACAACGCUUAUCACCUGCCUCAGUUACCGUCGCAUCAUCACUUCCCGUAUCUGGGCGAUCCGAAUCUGUCAAUUCAGCCGAACCUAGAUUACUCCCCGUUGCAGCACAUUCAAUAUCCGGCAAAUCCCGCUGCCUCGUUCGAUUCCAUCAAGCUACCGCACCAUGACGACGGCGGUACAUCGGUGUACUCGAGUCUGUCUAUAGACACCGAGCCGCAGAUCGCGCCCUUGAAGGUGUCCCUCCUGCCCGGUGCCUUCGAUCUGCCCAAGUUGCAACCGCACGUGGACUUCCACGGGCAGUCCCAGCUCGCGAAUCACCUUCAAGGCUCCUUGGGCGGUCCACUGAAGGUGCCUCUUUUGAACUCGGCGGCGUCACCUUAUUAUUGGCAGGAUCAAGGGUCGCUCGUACCGUCUUUUAAAACGCUGAAUUCCUUCCAUAGAAACAUUCUCCAAAGGCGAGCGUUCGCCAAACGACUCGCGCUUUACUCGUCGCUGGAGAAGAUGAGGUUUCGUUGAUUUUGAGGUCGAGGCAGGUAAUGCGUCGAUAUUAUAGGCGUGUGUGAAGUAACGGCAUUUUUUUCAAAAAUUUUAAAAGUUUUUUCGAUAAGUGUGACAAUAUAUUUUGGUGUCUCGGAACAAACUCUCUGACAUUUUUUAAAUACUGGAGUGAAAGUAUAACACAUACAUAGACAUAGUGUAUUUGAAAAUGUGAGAUAUCACACACAUGUAUCUUGUCAUUCCGACAACAACAUAUAAUAAGAAUAAAUAUGUACUUUCAUUUUAGUUACAUUAUUAUUAUAUCGAGCAUGUAAUUAUGUAAAUAUAGAUAAAUAGGAUAAAUAGGAAAAAAAUAUUAUUACAGACUUUAUUUGGAAUCACAUCGAUAUUUGCGAUCAGAAAAAGGAAGAUUGCUUUAAAAUAAUAUUUGUAGACUCUUAUGUAAGAUUUAGAAAUAAACUUGAAUAGUUACUAAUUUAUUUUAUAUUAAAAAAAAAAUUAUUUUAAUAAAAAUUUAAAAACAGGUAUUUUUCAUCCUAUAUCUGUCACGUUAUGUUUUAGAAGA